AAUCAUAUGACUUUCGUCACAAAUCCAAUCUCGUCUUAUUGAUUCCUGUGUAGGUCUCUAUUCUCGCUCGACAUAGUUUUUGUUUGUAUCAGUUAUGGCGAGUCAGACACAGGGGAUCCAGCAAUUGUUGGCUGCUGAAAAACGUGCAGCUGAGAAAGUAUCAGAGGCAAGGAAGCGAAAAGCAAAACGCCUAAAGCAGGCCAAGGAGGAGGCUCAAGAUGAGGUAGAGAAGUACAGACAGGAGCGGGAGAGGCAGUUCAAAGAGUUUGAAGCCAAGCAUAUGGGCACAAGGGAAGGUGUAGCGGCUAAGAUCGAUGCUGAAACCAAGGUCAAAAUUGACGAGAUGAACAGAAUGGUUAAGUCACAGCAGGAUGCGGUAAUCAAAGACAUCCUCAAUUUGAUCUACGACAUCAAGCCAGAACUUCACAUCAAUUACCGCACCUAAAUUAAGCGUACAAAUCCUAAAUCUAAUUUGUUGCAAUGUUGCGAAUUUGCGGUUACGCAAACAUAGAUUUUAUUGUUAUUGUAAUACUGUUCUUAAUCGAUAGGCACAUAGGCGCGGAGCGACACCUCGCGGGCACGCGCGCAAACUAUCAACUGUCAUUUUGACGUUUUAGCGCGGGAAAAACUGCCCACAGCUGUAUAUAUAUAAUCCGCUUGAUUUCUGUAUUUAAUUAAACAUUGAUGAAUUAAUAUAAGCGUGUAAUGGAGAAAUCAGCUUGGCAUCAUUCCAUUUGAAAUUGAUUCGAAGGCAGACAACAUAUAAAUUCAUAUAGGUGUAAUUCCUAAUAUAUAUUGUAUGUUUAUUCUAUGUUGUAUGUUGAAUAGAAAUUAAAGUUUAAACAAAAAUAACAUGCGA